GUUGGGUCUCGCGGCGCUGUUCAGAGAAUAAUUCUAGUGUCCAGUGUGUCCAGCCUCGACUGUCCGCUUCACUAAGUGAUUUCUUGCGCUGAAGCUCGUGCGUCACUCUUACAGUUUGCGCGUUGCUGCAACGGAGGGAUCAGUUACGCGCACCUUCACCUGUCCCAUGCCAAUCCGCGCUGCCUCCACUCGCCAUUAUCACCGCCUCUUGGCUCUGCUGCCCUUGAACUCCACUUUCGACACGUAAUUGCCCUGCGACCAUCCGGUUACACAGCGACGCCGCACCUUGCCUCGACGAACGGCGCUGCCGUGGCCGCAACACCAUGGAGUCUCCGCCGACCUCGCCGCCAGCGCGCGGUAAGCGGCCUAUGAGCGCGAUGAUUCGUCCGAAUCGCAGCUCCAGCCGCCUAAGCAUGAGCAGCAAAGUGGGAGGGAGCCGUGCUUCAGACGACGAGAGCAAGACGGCGGUCAAAGUCGCUGUGCGCGUGCGCCCUCCACUCAAGCAGGACGACCCAGGAUUUGAUUUGAUACCCCAACGAUUCCGCUCUCCGCGUUGCCAUGUCACCUCGCCCUCGAGUCUCGCUGUCGAUCCAGCUGCGGGCGGCCGGAAGGUCUUCGUGUUUGACCGCGUUUUCGGCGAAGAGGUCGACCAAGAGGGCGUGUUCGAGUAUGUCACGGACAGCGUCAACUCAUUUGUAGAGGGAUACAAUGUUUCGAUUCUGGCCUAUGGUCAAUCCGGUGCCGGGAAAUCCUACACCAUGGGAACGACAGGUCCCGGCGACCAGGGCGAUGUACAGGUCAUGGGCAUCAUCCCCCGCGCAGCUGCACUCCUCUACGAGAAACUCGAAGGUCCUAGCAUCCGCGCACCCGGCUCUGGCAUCCGCCGUCCCAAUUCUCGUGUCUCCAGCAUGAGUUCUCACAACUUCUCCAGCAAGCCUCCCAGCAAGAAAAAUUGGCAGCUCACGGCGACCUACGUUGAGAUAUACAACGAGCAGCUCCGUGACCUCUUGCUCUCCGACACAGUACCGUCCGCCCAGCGUCCUGAGGUGGCUAUUCGUGAGGAGCCUGGAGGCCGAAUCAUCCUUGCCGGUCUCACACAAGUCACGAUCAACUCGGUAGACGACCUGCUGAAUGCCCUGAACUUUGGUUCUUCCAUUCGCCAGACCGAUGCAACCGCCCAAAACGCAAAAUCCUCGCGCUCGCACGCUGUCUUCAGUCUAAAUCUCGUGCAGAAGAAGAGUUCAUCUGCGCCUACCGCAACGAAAGAUAAGCGUCGAUCAGUGCCUCUCGAGGCAAUGUCUGGCUCGGGCGAGAACUUGGUGACAAUCGACAGCAAACUGCAUUUCGUAGAUCUGGCAGGAAGUGAACGGCUGAAAAACACACAAGCAUCGGGCGAGCGAGCAAGAGAGGGUAUCUCCAUCAAUGCUGGCUUGGCAAGCUUAGGCAAGGUCAUUUCUCAGCUGUCCUCGCGUCACCACAGCGCCCACAUCUCCUACAGAGACUCACGUCUUACACGCCUGCUUCAAGACUCGUUGGGUGGAAACGCCAUCACGUACAUGAUUGCGUGCAUCAACCCGGCAGAGUUCCACCUUAGCGAAUCGCUGAACACAGUCCAGUACGCACAACGUGCGCGUGCGAUCCAGAUUAAGCCACAGAUUCAACAGAUCCACGACGACAGCGACAAGCAGGCAACGAUCGCACGUCUCCGCAAUGAGGUCCAGUUCUUGAGAGACCAGAUGAGGAUCUCCCAGAACACAGAACGGCUCAACACUGAUCCGAACGAGCGCGCCAAUCAGCAGUAUGAGCGCGAAAUGGAGCUUCAAAACCAGCUUCUCGACUUCCAAGAGAACUACACCGCUCUUAGUCUCCGUCACUCUAAACUCAUUGCAGAGAUCUCCAGAGUACGAGAUGAUCAUGACGCGGAAACUCCCAUCCUUCGAGACACGGUAGGCGAGUCUGCGCUUGAGCGCCUGAAGCGAUCCAACUCGUUCGCAGAUGCCGUUGAGGAUGUUGUUUUGGAGUACGAGAAAACAAUCCAGGCCUUAGAAGCAUCUCUUUCAAACACUCGAACAUCGAUGGCGGGUCAGGAAAGCGAACUCCUGGAGAGGGAGGCUCGCAUCUCUUUGCUUGAGAGCCAAACCCACCAGCUGCAGGCCCGCAUCCAGAAGGGCAUCGAACGCGAGGCCAGUAACGAGGACUACGUCAAGUCCCUGGAGCGCCAAAUUGACAACUCCGUCUCUGGCGUUGAGAGGACCGACACUACUAUCUCUGAAUUGCGCGAGAAGCUGCAGAAAGCUAGAGAGAAUGAGUCUAGUUGCGAGGAGUAUAUUUCUACCCUGGAAGAGCGCCUCGCUGAGAACGAGCAAGAAGUUGAGGUCAUGACACGAGAGAUUGAGCGCCUUAAGCAUGUGGUUGAGAGGCAGCGCAGUAUUGGAAAGCUGGACAACCUUCUCUAUGAGCUCGAUACCGUGCGUCAGGUAGACGUGAAACCGGAGGAGGUCUUAACAAAUGGGCACAGCAGGGCUCCCAGCGACCCAUUCAUCGAGAAGCGAGUUUUUGUCGGGGGCCAGCCUCUCGAAGGCACUCGCCACUUCAGCACCGCCGUUGACGCUAUUGCUGAAGAGGACGAUGUCGAGCGCCCCGCUACCGCGGGAGCUGCGAGUGGCAAAGGCGAGCUGGCAGUACAGGACGACAGCCGUUCAAUCAGGACGACCUCUGUCUCAGGCCUAACUGCAGAGCCCGGCAUGGAAGAACCAUCGAGCCCUGCGCAGUCCAGGUUUGUCCACGACAAGCUCGACUCCGUCACACAAGAGCUCUUCGAUCUGCGAGUAGAGCAUGAGGGAACUCUGCAAGAUUACGAGAAGCUUGCGAGCAAGUACCAGGAGGCAUUGCGCACUCUGGCCUCGCUCCAAGAUACCGUUGACGAAGCUCGUCAUGGCUCCUCUCGUUCAUCAGCUUUUUUAGGCAGCGCCCCCACCAACGGUCUCGACAAGGAACUUGGACAACCUGCAUUAUCGCGUGCAUUGUCGUCGGAAUUACUCUCGGCAGAAUCUGGCAACAUUUCUACCUCUGAGGAUGUUGACGAUGGCGAGGCACAGGCUGCUCUCCGACGGUCGUCGACAUCUUCCACCGAGAGUGGGUACUCGAUUCCAAAGGCGACACUGAUACAGGAGCUGCAAUCUCUGAAGACGUUGCAUGCUAGCAAGGAGCAGCGUGUGGCAGAGCUGAAGCGAGACUACUCAGAUCUCCAAGAGCAAUACCAGGAGGCAUUGGACUACGUGGAGGAGCUCAAGUCUGAGGUCACCAAAGCCCAGCUCACUGCACGCCCAAGCUCUCCUUCGGUCCACAUGAUCCGUCGGAAGUCGAGCCAGGCAUUACUUUCGAACGACCGUUCUAACCGUGCAGUCAAUUCGCUUCGUGGCUUGGCUAUUGACAAGCUCGAUGAGGAGCCUGCCCUGGCAUUUGAGAACAACCUGAACACGAUCUUGACCGAACUCACUACUCGAUCCGAAAGGGUUCAGGAGCUUGAGCAUGAGGUUGCAUCCGUACGAAAGGAGAUGGAAGGCAAGAUGACCCUGAUCAGUGGCUUGACGAAGGAGCGAUCCAGUCUGAAAGCUUCUACGCCCCUCGACAUCUCUAUCGUCGCUACCAUGCAGGAUCAGAUCAGGCAGAGCGAGGAGCAGAUGCACGAGCUUAAGAAUUCCCAUGCUAAGAGGGAGGCCGAGCUACGAGAGCAAGUUGCCCUGCUCACAGCUUCAGCAAGAUCACCAGAGUCCUCGGAUGAGGCACUCGCUGCGCCUGAUACUGCCGAGGGUGACAUAACGGACGACGCGACACGUCACCGACAGCUGAUUAGUCUUACAAACGAGGCAGCACAAUGGCAGUCGAAGCACGUUGAGGCAAUUGAAGCCACCAAGGCUUCUGAGAAGCAGCACCUCAGUACAGUCCGAGAGCUUGAGUCAGCCAUGGAACAGCUCCAGGCAAACCACACUGCCCGUAUGACUGAGCUGGAAGAUACUAAGGGUGCUGAGGCAUCAGCUGCCCUGGAUCAGGAACGAAUCAAGCACGCUGAGCUCGUCACUGCUCUCCAAGCUCAGGUUGACGAGCACAAAGCGACCGCGGGUAAUAAUGCUGCCCGCCUCGCUGAGCUUGAACAGUCCCAUGCCAAUAUCAUCAAGCAGAUAGAGGAAGAUGCAGAAGCCAGGGCCUUGACUGAGAAGGAACUAGACACUCACAAGUCUCUCGUGGCCAACCUGGAGCAUCAGAUCGAGGAGCACAAGGCUGCCAUCGACUACCAUCAGCAGGGCAUGGAUUCUCUGCAGAAGUCUCACGCGGCCGAGCUAGAGAAAUUGGCCUCCGAGCUUACAACGCACAAGGAGUCCAACGCUGUGCUUCAGACCGAUCUGUCCAAGGCCAAGGACGAGUUGGAGACCCUCCUGCACGGAGUCUCUACCGCACUAAACCACGAGAUUGAUGUCACUCAAGUGCAGUCUCAAGUUGAGUCGCUGGUCGAGGCUCGCAAGUCUCUCACCACACGCAUGGACCAAGCUCUUGAUGAUCUUCAGGCAGCCCGAUUGGAGUUGUCCGACGCUUCCAAGACCAUCGCAACCCUCAAGGAGAACAUGACGGAGUUCGAGGCCAUCAACACUGAAACCAUCAAAGAACUCGAGCGUGUUAGCGACAAGGAGCGGAAGAGCUCACGACUCGUCCAGGAGCUGGAAGACCAGCUCAACCAAAACUGGGACCAGCAUGAGGCUACCAACAACCGCCUGUCUGCUCUUCAGACGGAGCGCACCCGUGAACUCCAGGGCGUCAUCGUACAUCGCGAGCAGCUUGAGAAGGAUUAUGAUGAGUCUCGAGCCAAGAUCGCCAGUCUUGAGCAACAACUUGCGGAAGUCAAGCGCAAUUCUGGCCGGGUCUCUGUGGAUCCUCGCGAGGAUCUCCAGAGGUCCAACUCGAAUAACUCCAAUGCUCGUAAGAGCUUGAACAUGUCGUUGCCUUCCCCACCACCGGCAAUUCCGCUACCUCCUCUGCCUCCAAAUAGCCCACCGCCAAAUCAGGUCAAUGCUCCUUCACCGCCGGCUUCGCGCCACCAGAGCAAAGACAUUGCACAUGCUCAGCUGGUCGAGGACCAGGAGGCUCGCAUCCGUACCAUCGAGAAACACUUGUUCGCAGAGAAGCAGCUUACAGCUACACUUGAAGAUGCUCUGACCGAUCUCGAAUCGUCAAGCCAGAAGACCAAGGGCGAUCUGGACCAGUAUAGGAAGAAGUGUGCUAGCCUCGAGGAGGAACUCAGCGCCAUGCGCAAGGAGCGACAUGCUGCGCGUCACUCUCUCCAGGCUGUCGAGGAAGAGCGCAAUGCUCGUCUCCGUGUCGAGGCCGAACGCGCGCAUCUUGAAGCCCGUAUGGCCGCUCUCAAUGACGCCAACAAGAAGAGCAAGAAGAAGGGCACUUUGAACUGCUUCUAGGCUCUUCACGACACAAAAUUGUUCACACCGUACACUGUUCGCUUUGCGGCGCAUUGGGAUAUGGCGUUACAUACCCCGAUACACUCUGUCAUUUUGCCACCAUUCUCGACCUACUUCCGUGAUGGUUGUAAUUAUUCGACGUUUCUUCGACGCCUGGAUUUUCCGGUGAUCUUUUCUUCUUCGAUCAUCUGACAGGUAUGUCGCCAAAGCAUGCUUGCCACAUGGUACCCUUUUCCACGACUCCGUUGUCUAUUCCUUUGGCGCGCGCGUGCAUACCCAUACCCCUUUCUUCACUUUACUUAAUGUAUACACGUUUGGCGGAAGAAGUUCUGGUUACAAAUAAUUGCGGAGGAAAAUCAGGCUUGCCGGAGGCUUUAGGCUCGAAGGCAUUGAUGAGAUUUAUGAUAGCAUGGUAGCAUUUUGCGAGCGACGUUGGAGAACCAAGGCAUUUGAGCAAUUCAAUUCUGUUUCACACACAA